CAGGCUGCACAGGGUCAGAGUGGACGUUUUGGAGCAGGAAGCACCUGAAGGACAACGUUAAAGACAGUCGAACUUCCUCUGAGGAGAUGGACAGAAACGAGGAACUGGACAAAUUGUUUCAGAGGUUACGCAUAUUUAAACACUACAGAGCAGACAGACUGAGCAGCUGUGAUGGCUGACAAAGACUGACAAAGCUGGCAAUGAGAAGCUGCACAGAUGAAGUCGUCCUGCAGUGGCUGAGAAAAAACUCAGAAUCUGACACCUUCAGCAAACUCACAGACAUGUUUGACUUCCUGAAGAAACACAUUGAUGAGGAGGAGAAGAAGAACCACAGUGAUGAUGUUCACAUCACCUUUAUGGCUCAUAGUUCAAUCAGAGACUUCAUGAUCCCAGCCAGCUGUUACCUGCCUCUGCCCACCAUCACUGACGUGCUCCUGUAUUCUCCCUGGAACUGUGUCACUUCUGGUUUAGCAUACGGUAUCGCUACAGGAAAACUGAGGCCUCAGCACAGAGUUUUUCACUGCAAUGAUAAAGAAAGCUGUACCAUUCCUGAUGACAAACAUCGACCUGUGAACCUGCCAGAUCACUGGAACUCACUGAAGAAAGCUGGAGCACAGAUGGUCCCAAACAUCACGGUUAGCCCCCUUUCACCAGAUGGUGAUGGAGUGUGGAAAAGCUUUGAGUCUCUCUCAGCUAAACACGGACCACCAAGAAGGAACCGCAUCGUCAUCCCGUUCAACCUCCCAGGACGGGAAUAUGAAAGCGUCCCGUUCUCUGUGGUGACCUUGGCUCUGUCUCUGGUGCUCCUCUCCUCCAGGUUUAAAGCCACUCUUCACUUCUCUGGUUGUCUCUGUGAUCACUCUACUGGACAGAAAUUUGACAGGAAGUAUCUUCAGGAGCAGUAUGCCUGCACCAUCGACAACAGCUGGAUGAAAUGUUCACCUGAAGCUUUCAGAUGAUGAUAAAUGCUGAUUGUGUUAGACAUGUUUGUGGACAUUUUAGUGUAAAGAUGAAGAUAAAAUGAUAAAAGUAAUUUUUCUAUAUUUGAGGCUCAGAUUUAUGAUGAAUGGACUUGAAUCAUCAUUUAGUUCCAGCUCAUAAUCUGAUCAUAACCUGCUAACAUCUGUGGAGGUUAUUAAUAUAAACAGACUCACCUGUUCUCUGCUCGCUGCUCACAGGUGACGUGAUACUGAUGUCUGACCUUCAACCAGCACACACACAGAUCAUUGACAUGACGUAUAUAGAUUAUUUAUGUA